AUGGGUUGUAGUUCCGCUAAGGGAAAAAGGAAGGGUUCACUCUCUAUCCCAAAAAAUGGUAUUUUGAAAAGACCUAGCAAUCAGCAAUAAGUGUUAUCAGAUUUAGUUAGUACCAAAAAGAAGACUCUCAGUUUUUAAAUGCUAUCAAUUAAUUCCUAAGAAGCAAAUAGAAGAAGUAGCCAUACAAGGCAGAUUAUAUCUGACUGA